AUGAUAUUUCCACACCGACUCUCGUGGCUGGCAUGGCCGCUCUUCGCGCUGCCGACCGUAGCGCAAUUCAACGACACUUUCAAGUUCACGGUGGAUUCGCUGGACGGCUUGGUCGACGUCGAUGGGGCCUCAGAAUGGUGGGGUGGCCCGCCCUUCACCAUGGACAAUGCCACAGGUUAUAGGACCAGCGCCGGCUCUGGUGGAAGUAGCGGAUGCGCUUUCGUUGGAGUUGGGUUUGAAGUCCAGGGUUUUGCUCGAUGGAGGAACGCCAAUCACCAGGUUAACCAGGUUAACAAAAGUGACCCCCAAUCCAUCAACCCUGUGCUCGGCUUCCUGCAAAGGCCGACUGUGGGUACAGCUGGCCCCAGCACACAGCUAAAUGGAACCGUCAGAGAGACACCCGAUUUGAUGUCUGCAUCGGGUUUGAAUCUCUCAGCAUACGAACUGCGAUGGUCAUAUUCUCCCGAUGCGAUUUUCGAAUUCCACAAUUUCACGAUCGACGUCCCCGUUCGGACUCAGGCACCCUCUGUGAAGGAGCUUGAGUCACAGGCCACUUUCGCUCCUGCAGUCUUAUCGCAGAGGCGUAUAAACCCGAGGAUGAGUUUCGCAUUCAGCCAGAAGACAGACGAGUUCCACAUGUUGCAGAAGCCUUUGCAACUUCGCGACGUCCACCAAGCCCGACACUUGAAAAGGGACGUCAGUGCUGACAUCACGUGA